UGAAUGCUGCGUACAACGCUGACAACAAUUGUACGUCAUACGUAAUUAGUACUUGCGCCCCUCGCAAGUUUGAAACUGAGGAGGAAAUAUUUAUUUCAAAACUGGUCAAGGGCGCUAAAUCUAAAACAUACUGUGAAUAAAAUAUGAAAAUAUAUGCAGCUGCACAUUCAGAAGUCUGUGAUACACGCACGAAAGAAUGGCUCCUCGCGUACACCUUGACAAAGCAGCCUGGCGCUGGGUCGAGUCGGUAAGACCGGAGGACAUACAACGGGAACAUAUUGAGAUAGCUUACCGAAUCUGUGUACCGGCGUGCAAGAGGGGAGCAUGCAGGAGAAAUUGUAAAGGGAAUCCGAAUUGUCUGGUCGGUAUUGGAGAACAUGCCUGGUUGGGAGAAAUCGAUGAAAACACCUUCCACAACAUUGACGAUCCGAACUCAGAGCGACGGGACAAGAACACGUUUGUGGGUCUGACAAACCUGGGUGCCACGUGCUACGUGAACACCUUCCUGCAGGUGUGGUUCCACAACUUGGAGCUGCGCAGGACCCUGUACCUGUGCCAGAACGCCCGGGCAGAGGAGCACGACAUGGACUCCGACUAUGAGCCUCGUAGCAUCUGUGAACACCUGCAGUACUUGUUUGCACUGCUGCAGAACAGCAACAGAAGGUACAUUGACCCCUCGGGGCUGGUCAAGGCUCUGGGGUUGGAUACCGGACAACAGCAGGACGCCCAAGAGUUCUCCAAGCUCUUCCUCUCAUUACUGGAGGACACUUUGUCCAAACAGAAGAACCCAAAUUUGCAGAAUGUGAUUCAGCAGCAGUUCUGUGGGCAGAUGUCUUACGUCACUGUGUGUAACCAGUGUGGCCGCGCUUCCCCCUUGCCCUCAAGAUUCUACGAACUGGAGCUCAACAUCCAGGGCCACAAGAACCUUACAGAAUGUGUCACAGAGUUCCUCAAGGAUGAGAAGCUGGACGGAGACAACCGCUACUUCUGUGAGAGCUGUCAGAGCAAACAGAACGCCACGCGUCGCAUUAAACUGCACAGCCUACCGCGCACGCUCAACCUGCAGCUCAUGCGAUUCGUCUUUGACAGACAAACGGGUCACAAGAAGAAGCUCAACACCUUCAUCAGUUUCCCCGAGCAACUGAACAUGGGCCCAUUUCUAGAGGGAAAAGAAGACGAGCCGUGUGUGUAUGAGCUGAGUGCCGUCCUCAUCCACCGCGGUGUCAGCGCCUACUCCGGUCACUACAUCGCCCACGUGCGAGACGCCCGGACCAGUGACUGGUACAAGUUCAACGACGAGGAGAUUGAGAAGAUGGAGGGAAAGAAGUUGCAGCUGGGCAUCGAGGAGGACAUUGCCGAGACCGUCAAGUCCCAAACCCGUAAGCCCAAGUGCAGCAAAGGGUACCACUGCUCCAGAAACGCCUACAUGCUGGUUUACAAGUGCCAGAGAGACGAGGACGCCGACCCCAUGGACACCAACGUUGAGGUCCCAGGCUUUCUGGAGCGGCUGGUGGAGCGGGACAACCGGAAGUUCGAGGAGUGGUGCCUGGAGAUGGCGGACAUGCGAAAGCAGAGCGUCGACAAGGGCAAGGCCAAGCACGAGGAGGUGAAGGAACUGUACGAGCUUUUACCCGCGGAUGACGUCGGCCAGCAGUAUGAAUUUGUGCCCCUGGAGUGGCUGAAAAAAUGGCUGGACGACUCAACAGUCACCAAAGAAAUCGACAACAGCAACUUCUUGUGCUCUCAUGGUAAAUUGCACCCCGACAAGGUGGGGGAGGCCAAGAGGAUCUCCCUGAGAGCAGCAGAGAUCCUCUUUGAGAGAUAUGGGGGAGGACCCAGACUAGACGGGUCGGCUCUUUGCGAGGAGUGUGUGGGCCAGAGAUGCAGAGUCCUGCGCCUAAAGAACCAGCUGGCCGAGGACUACAAGGAAGUGACCAACCUUAUCAAGGGCCCGCCCAAAAGUGAGUCAGGCUUUUGGGUGGGCAAGUCAUCCCUGCGGAGCUGGAGACAGCUGGCCUUGGAGCAGCUGGAGGAGGACGAGGAGGAGACCAAACACAGUAAUGGAAAAACCAACGGAGAGGGACCAGAAAUCUCUGCUACUAAAGAGUACGGCCCAGAGAACCAGGGCGGAGGCGAGGAGGAGAUGAAGACCUUCAACGAGGACAUCCUCUGUUGGCACGGUGGUCUGAGCAUCCUGGAGAGCGAGCGGCGGCUGGUAACCGAGGAGGUGUGGUCCAAACUGAGGGUGUACUUUCCUAAAGCGCCUCAGUUCAACCAGUUACAGGAGCCCUGUCAGCAGUGCCUGAGGCUAGAGCGUGAGGGGAAGGAGAACGAGGCUCUGAACAGGAUGAUGGCGUCAGAACAGAAGAGCUCCCUGAUCAACCUGUUCCAAGAGAAGAACCGACCCACACUCACAAAGUGGCCAGAGGAGACAGACAUUCUCUACAUAGUUCCUCUGUUUUUUGUGGAAGAGUGGAGAAAGUUCAUUAGGAGGCCCGCCAAAACCACACCAGUGUCUAGUGUUGGGAACAGUUUGCUCCUGUGUCCCCAUGGGGGUUUCAUGUUCACCUACGACUCCAUGUUGAAGGGAGACGCCCAACAUAUAGCUCUUCUCUGGCCCAGCGAAUGGGAUGUCAUCAGCAGACACUUCCUGGUUGAUCAGCCAAUCUCCAUCUGCCGGAUAAGUGAGGCCACACCCAACGGCUCCAGUGUGGAGUUCACCACCCAGCCUGAACUGUGUAGGGAGUGCAGAGAAGGCUUCAUUUUCCAGCAGCAGAGGGACAUGAGGGAGUACGCACAAGCCACGGUCUAUGUCCGCAAGGUCACGGAUGACAAGAGGAUAAUGAAAGACGCAGGACCUGAGAUGAAUGUGAGUGGGUCGGACGCUGAAGACGAGAGGGAGGAGCCUGUUGCUAAGGUGGAUGGAGAGCGAGACCCUGAUUUCAGCCAGUCAGAAGACAGGGCGAAGCGUCAGAAGCUGAGUGACGGCACUGUCGGCGUUGUUUCAAAUCCCGCCCCCGUGGCCAGCGGAGGCAAGUCAGGGAUCAGGAGGAGCACGAGGCACAGAAAGCUCAGAGGAGAGAAAGCACUCAUCGUCUCAGCCAAUCAAACGCUAAAGGAGCUCAAAAUACAGAUCAUGCACGCCUUUUCCGUGGCCCCGUUUGAUCAGAACCUGUCAAUCGAUGGACGGUGUUUAACGGACGACUCUGCCACCCUGGGCAGCCUAGGAGUCAUCCCAGAAAGCGUCAUCUGUCUGAAGGCUGAUGAACCUAUAGCAGAUUAUGCAGCGAUGGAUGAUGUUUAUCAAGUGUGUAUGCCUGAAGAAGGAUUUAAAGGCACUGGGCUUCUUGGCCACUGAAGAGGACAGGAGAGUGGUUCCCAUCCUCAGACUGAAGCUCGUUCAAAUGCUUGAAUUAGAACAAGUGCUUUAAUUUUGUUUUUCUUAUGUUGUUUUUAGGUUAUUUUUCUAUUUUAAACUGUGACUGUUGCAAACCUUUUGUUUAUCUUUGUUUAAGAGUAUCUACUGGCUUUUAAUAUUUUAAGAUGUUUAUGCAUUCUCUGGGACUUUGAUCAUACUCUUUGCCUGGACUGUGAGUUGAAACAGGUCAUGAGAGUUGGGUGGCAUCUUUCAAUGUGGAGACCAAGCUUCUGUAAUGCUUCUAAGAGGAUUGGUUCUGUCGUAGGAGAUACCCUUUUUUUCUGUCCAAUUGUAGGAUAAAAUGUUCCAUGAAUUUUUACAAGAGACUUUUUUUUUUUUCUCAGUGGAAGCUUGUGGUCUCACUGCAAAUUGUCUACAAAAUUGUCUAUAAAGAAUGCAUGAGCAACUGAUAAAUAUAAAUAAAAUUAACUAUUUGGUGGUUUAACAAUACCUCAACAACAAAGUUAACGGAAAUACAAGAUUAUGUAUAUUUCUUUAAAUAAUGAAAUAAACAUAGCAGACUUAGAUUAGGUUUGUGCUGCCAUCAAACAAAUGCAGGCCUUGGUGUGAACUAUUUUCUGUUAUUUCAUAUGGGCAAUAAAGUUAUUGUUUUCAUUUAA